UAGGAAAAGGGUAUCAAACACAUCAGUCGCAAAACAACCAAAACCGAACACCGAACGAAACCGAACUAAAAAGUAAACAGAUGGGCUCAAUGACAUACCAACGCCUUCCAACGCCCCAUAACCCGCCUUUAACGGCAAUCGUCAUAGGUGCCGGCCUCGGCGGCUGCGCCGCCGCCCUCGCCCUGCACCACCACGGGCACACGGUCCUCUGCGUCCUCGAUAAAGUGCGCUCCUUCUCCCGGCUAGGCGACUCGCUCGGCCUCGGCCAAAACGCCUUCGAUCUCCUCGCCAAAUGGGGCUGCGACGUCGAGCAGAUCAAACGCAUCGGGAACCAGGCGCCGGACAUGACAAUCCGGCGCUGGGGCGAUGGGAAGGAGCUUGCGAAACAACCACUGAUGGAUAUGGCGGGGUAUAUUGGGCAUCGCGGAGAUUACCAUGACGUGUUUCUCGGGUGGGUGAGGGAGAGGGGAAUCGACAUCAGGAUGGGGAGCGAGGUUGUUGGGUUCGAGGAUGGCGAGGCGCAGGCGGGUGUGGUGCUUAAGUCGGGCGAGGUGAUGAGGGCGGAUGUCGUGGUUGCGGCCGACGGGAUAAAGAGUCUUGCGCGGCCGCUGGUGCUGGGGAGUCUGGACGAGCCUGUGUCGUCCGGGUAUGCGUGUUUUCGGGCCUUUUUCCGACCGAGCGAGGGCCAGAGGAGGGAUGAGAGGCUGAACAAGUACUUGAAAGAUGGGGAUUGUGUGAAUUUCUGGAUCGGGCCCGAUCUCCACCUCGUGCAGAAUACGCUGCGGGGUGGCGAGGAGUUCAACUGGAUUCUUACACACAAAGACGAGGGGGACGUACCGGAGAGCUGGUUCCAGGAGGGUGAUAUGGAAGAGGUGCGGAGGUUAGCGCAGACGCUUGAUCCGGAGAUUCGCGGGAUAGUGGAAGCGACGGAUCGGUGUCUUGACUGGAAGAUAUGCUAUCGAGAGCCGCUGGGGAGCUGGGUGAGUCCGGAGAAUCAUCGAAUUGCGCUGCUGGGGGAUAGCUGCCAUGCGCAUUUGCCGACGAGUGCGCAAGGGGCGAGUCAGGCGGUCGAGAGCGCAGGGUGUUUGGCGGUGUGCUUGAAUAAAAUACGGAGUAAAGACGAAGUGAAAAUCGCCACAAGAGCGUACGAGAAGCUAAGAUUUCCGAGGACGAGAGCGAGUCAGACGAAUGGAGAGGAUCUGAGGGAUCGGUGGCAUAGUGCGUUGAAGGGUGUUGAAGAGGACAAGGUGAUUGAUCCCGAGAGUGUGAAAAUUAGGAACAGGUGGUUGUAUGCUUUUGAUGCCGAGGAAGACGCUAUUAAGAGGUGGGACGAUGUACGACAAACGGUGGACAACGAGUUCGCGAGCGGUGGCAUAAAGCCGCUGUGCUGAAGAUGCCAGAUAU